AUGACCCUAGUGACCAAGGAGAUCAGCAAGACGAUGGGUCAGACUGGGGAAGGCAUCACAAGUGAAGAUCAGAUAAGGGAGGGUACGGAAAUCGCAAAUAAAUGGGAGGCUAUCAGGGUAGAGUGCCCUUGGUAUUUCGAUAUGAAAGCCCUCAUCACCAAGCAUCCGAAUGUCACCCCGACAGGCCUUGGCAAUUCCACUAGUGAAAUUGAUAUGGAGGAUGGUGGCACUCAGCCUGAGAGUAGUGCCGUAGACGCUGAAGGGUCAGAGCAGGGCGAUGCUGCUGCGUCAAGUGAUGAUGAUGAUGUUGCCGGUGGUCUGGGGAAGCGCAAGGCAUCAGACCAGGACACGCUGUCAAAGAAGGCUAAGGGUGAGAAGAAGACACAGGCACAACCAGGGCUAUCUACACCUGCGAUGAGCAGUACCAACCAAUUCAAGAAGGCCAAACUCAAUUUUGAGGAGGUUGCGAAGGCGGAGGAGAUGACAAGGCAGAAGGAGCUGGAGCGAGACAUUUGA